AGCAAAGCAGCCACACUCAGACAGAGAGAGAGAUGUCUAAUUACAAGCCCCAUGCAGUGUGUGUUCCAUUUGCACUGCAAACCCACAUAAACCCUUUACUAAAACUAGCAAAACUUCUUCACUACAAUGGCUUUCAUAUCACCUUUGUGAACACUGAAUUUAAUCACAAACACAUUCUUGAAUCAAAGGGCCCUAAUUCCCUUGAUGGGUUGCCAGACUUUUGCUUUGAGACCUUACCCAUUGAUCAUCAUCCUCCUUCUAAUACAAAUGUGCUUCAAAGACUCUCGUCUCUUCGUUUCCAAUUUACAGACAAUUUCUUGCUUACAUUUCGCAGUCUUUUAGCGAAACUAAAGAGUGAUUGUGCUUUUUUUAAUAACCGACCUCCUGUUACCUGCAUAAUUGCAGAUGGAUUUCUCAGCUCUGCUGUUAUAGCUGCUGAAGAACUUGGAAUUCCUUGUGUUCUUUGCUGGAAUGUUAGUGCCUCUGGUUUAUUGAGCUAUAUUCAAUAUCGCCAGCUUAUGGCUAAAUGCGUUAAACUCCUCACAGGUGAAGAUCAUGACAAGAACGACGCGUCGUAUAUGGAUACGAUUGUAGAAUGGCUUCCGGGAAUGGAAGGAAUUACUUUUAGAGAUCUCCCCAACCUAAUCCAAACUAAGGAUCCAAUUAGCUUCAUGAUGGAUUCCAGCACUGGGGAAUUGGAGAGAAUAAAGAAAGCAUCUGCCCAUGUAUGCCAUACCUUUGAAGCUUUAGAGGUAGACAAGUUAGAUGCUCUCUCAUCAAUGCUUUCUCAAGUUUACAGCAUUGGCCCUCUAGAUUUGCUUCUUAACCACAUCCCAAAAGGCCCCUGCUUGACCAUUUCAUGCAAUCCAUUGAAUGAGGAGGUUGAGUGCAUCCAAUGGCUUAAUUCUAAGAAACCCAAUUCUGUGAUUUAUGUAAGUUUUGGAACCCUUAUGGUUUCUACAUCAGACAAGCUAGUUGAACUUGCAUGGGGACUAGCUAAUAGUAUGCACAAUUUCUUAUGGAUAAUUAGAUCUGAUUUGGUGAUGGGUGAGUCAACUUUUUUGCCUCAUGAGUUCUUGUUAGAGACUAAAAACAGAGCGUUCAUAGCCAGUUGGUGUCCCCAAGAUCAAGUUCUCAACCAUCCAUCAAUUGGUGGAUUCAUAACCCACAGUGGUUGGAACUCAACAAUUGAAAGCAUUUCUAGUGGAAUACCCAUGAUUUGUUGGCCAUUUUUUGGAGAACAUUUUGUAAACUGUAGAAAUUGCUGCAAUGAAUGGGGUAUAGGCAUGGAGCUAAAUAAUAACUUCAAUAAGAAUGAUGUAGAGAAGCUUCUGAGAGAGUUGAUGGUGACAGAUAAAGGUAAGAAGAUGAAGACAAAGGCUAUGGAAUGGAAGAAUAUGGCAGAAGAAGCCAUUGGCUCUCUUGGUUCAUCCUCUAUCAAUUUCAGCAAACUAGUGAGUGACGUUCUAUUGGCAAGUCAUUGACACUUGCAUGUCAGUCCUUUGCGCUCGUGCUUGUAUUGUAUGCUUGUGUAUAAUAUGUAGGUUGCACUAAUCUUAGCAAAACCUUGUUUGUAAGAGACAACAAAUCAGUAUUGAUCAUAGCUAUCUCUCAAUAAAUGGAUGCAA